UUUUUUUUUUGUUUAAUUAAUUUUGACGUUUUGUUCUUUUGUGAAAUAUGGGGUUGCACUUGUCCCUAUCAUAUAGUGUUUUCCUUUUCACACUUUUUCACCACGAUUCUCGUUCGACUUUUGUGUUCAUACACAAAAAGUUGCAAGUGUGUGAGUGUACCCCGAUUUUCGCGUUCUGAGGUCGGAGUGGGUUUGUUGAACUCAGUUUUCUUGCUUGAAGGGGUGCGAAAGUUUCCAGUCUUGGUAUAGUAUGUCUAUGAUUCGGGGUGUCAGAAAUUUGGGUUGAAAAAAAAAGUUUGUUCACGACUGCAUCUUCUGCAACUUAGGUUCUACACGGCUCUCUUUAUUUGGUGCUUUAAAAACACAUUUUUAUUAUAAUUUUCUAGUACGGUCGUCGUUGUUCAAUAUCUAACAAAAAAUGUCAUCUUCUGUAUCCGGUGAUUGUUUCCUUGUUCUGACCCCGUAUUCUCAAGAGAAAUCACUAAUUUUCGGAAGAAAUUCUUCACCUGCAAAUGGUGAAGCUCAAGAAGUUUUAUUUAUGCCUUCUUCAGCAUCUAAGGGUACAAUUAAGUGUGACGGUGGAGCCGAAAUAGAUAGUGUUCCCACAUUCGCACUAGUUUUGCAAAAACCUCUGCUCAUUUGGGGUGCCGAGUGUGGAAGCAACGAAAAAAAUGUAUCAAUUGCAAUUUUGUGGUCGGCCGGAGAGCCUGACAGUGACGCACUGCGUUCCACAGAUCUUGUGAGAUUGGCACUGGAGAGAUCUUGUUCAUCUUUAAAGGCACUGAAUCAGAUAGGGGACUUAGUCAACAGCAAUGGCUGUGAUAGUGCAAGAUUCAGUUUUUUGAUAUGCGAUCCCACAGAAGCUUGGUUAUUAAGUGUCGGUGGGAAGCUUUGGGCAGCGCAGAAGCUCGAUAACGGUUUCCAAAGAUUGCCUUCUUCUGGUCUGGGAGUAACAACUUCAAUCGAUAAGUCCAGCGAGGGUCUAGGUGACUCAUUGAAGUCACUCGGUCUAUGGAGCGGUGAUGGUGAUUUGAAUUUUGCCAAUUGCUUCUCGUCUCCCCCCAUUGUUGAACAAUGGCCAGGUGAUGAGCCUACUGGAGAUGGAUCUUACAUUAUAACAAGUAUGUUUGAAACGUUGCGAUCUACUGCUACCGAUAUGAAUCGUUCGAGUAAUGUAUCGGUACUUUCUCCUUCCGGUAUUUCAUGCUACUGGUUCACCGCAACUCCAAACCCAAAAGAAUCAGUUUUCAAACCAUUUGUUUUUGCUCCAAAUCCAAAAAUAUCUCCUCUAACUAAAAUACCCCAUGGAGAGUGCAUUACAUUGUUGCAAAAAUUACAUGCUCAGCGUAAACCAGAAGCCGUGCGUGAUCUUAAAAAUCUCGAAGCUUCUUGUGUAGCAGAGAUAAAUGCUUAUUUUGAAGCAAAUCCGACACCAACAACUGAAUUGGACGAAUUAAUGAAGGACUGUGUCGAAGCUGAAGUAAAGUUCUACCGUUAAAUACUAAGAAUAUAUGGCUUUUUAUACUGACAAUGGGUAACAAACCUAUAAUAAACAAACAAAAUUAAAUUGCUUUAGUGAUAAAAAAAACAUUCCCAAGUUUUUACUUAUGUUGAAUGCAGUUUUUAUAAUGAUCUUGCAAACUUUAACCAAAAAGGUUUCCUUAGUGAUAAGGUACCUUACAUAAUUUCGCUGGAAUUUUGCACAUUUUUUUUUAUUUAAUAAAACAUUUUUUAUUAUAUAUAUCUCUUUAGGAGGUCAAGUAGUUUAAGUUUACAGUUUUAAGUUUUCUAUAGUAUUUUGUGAUAGUUUACGAAUUUCACAUUUUAAUCUUUAAGCCUAAAUUAUUUAAAAAUUAUUUAUGUAAAUUAAUUAAAAUGCCGCUGUUAACUUAUGUUUCAAUGUUAUUGUUUAUUUAAAACUUUGAAUUGUAAAAAAAACAACGAGAUUAUCUUCCAAGUAGGAAAUUUAUCAACUUACUAAGCGAUACAAUUCAUAUAGUAUAUAUAAGAAACAGACAAAUUCGAUUUUAAAAUACUCAUCAAGUAAAAAGUAGCACAAAGUUUGAAUUAAAAAAAAGUUCUACACAAAUAUUUUGGCAAGAAAACCUUAUUUAAAUUAUUUAAAGUGCUUAAAGCCCGUAAAAUACUUCUUUUUUUCUUAAUUAAAUAAAGAAAACAGAGCAGUAAGACAUCGUGGGCACAAAGCCAAAACCACGAAUCUGCAAAAUUGUAGUUUUGAGAAAAACGCCUUCAAAGUUUUGGAAACACGUGCAAUCUUAUGGAAACUCGUGCAACAAACAAUGAUAUUUUAAGCUUCAAGGCAACAGAUGGAGGAUUGGGAUUGACGCAGUGAAUAGAGGGACCGAUAACAAGUAAAAUGACACAUUAGUCAAAAUGUCCAAAAAUGCAGAUUCGCGGUUUUGGUGUUGUGCCGACGACAUGUUUUGAAUAUAAAAUCACUUCAAGAGUAAGCGCAUAAACAAAAUAAACAAAAAGCCAAAAAUGUCACAAAAAAGGUUCAGUCAGUUUUCCCUUUUUUCUGUCAGUUUUUUUAUUUGUCAUUUGAAUGCAAAUAUUUGCAUUUGUUUACAAAAAAAAAAAACACAAGUUUAAUUCUGUGCGUGGUGUCUUUAGAUAUUAUAAAUAUAAAUAAUGGUAGGUAAUCAAUAUUUGUAAAUUUUAAAUAGUCGACAUUUGAAAUUACGCGAAUAUAUCUGUUUCGUUGAAAAAAAGUGCUAUCUUUUUCACAUAAUCAUCUGAUUUUUUGUAUUAAAAAUGUGUAAACAAAAGAAGUACCCUACGGGCUUAAGUUUUAUAAAAUAUUUAAAAACACAUAACGAUAAAAACUGUUUUUUUAUUUGUUUAGUUUUGCAUGCAAAUUAAUUAAACAUAAAAUCUUUUAUUCAGACAAUUGAUUAUAAAAACAAUAUUAUCUUAAAUAUUUCAAGUAUAAUAAAACAUAAAUUCCAAAUCAA